UUGUGCCGAUUCAUUGAAAAUGUUAAAAAAAGCCUUUGUUGAUAAUUGUAUGUCAAAAACACAAGCAUACGAUUGGUACAAAUCAUUCAAAGACGGUCGUGAGGUGGUCGAAGAUUUGCCCCGUUCUGGACGGCCUUCAACGUCAACAACCGACGAUAACAUCAUCCAAAUCAAGAAAUUAGUGCUCGAAAAUCGUCAUUCAAGUGUUAGAGAGUUGGCUCGAGAGUUGAGCAUUGAUAAAAUGACCGUUCAUAACAUUUUGACUAAUGUUUUGUGUAUGAAACGCGUCGCAGCAAAACUCGUUCCAAAAGAGCUGGUCUCUGAAGACAUGGUUUCUCGAGCUGCUAGUGAUCCAAAUUUCAUGAAACGAAUCAUAACUGGCGAUGAGACAUGGGUCUAUGAGUAUGACACGUUAACAGCUCAACAAUCGACCGAAUGGCGCCUACCAAACGAGCCGAAUCCGAAAAAACCACAAAUUCGCAACGAGAACUGAAGGCCAUACCUUUGGCGGCGUAUGAGCGGUGCAUGGAAAAGUGGGUUCGCCGAUAUCAUAGUUGUAUUGUAAGCAAUGGGGACUAUUUUGAAGGAGACAAAAUAAAUAUUGAUGAUUAAAUUUAAAUUUAUGUGUUUUUUUUUACAAUUCCGGGUACUUUUUAUACAGAAGGUACAAACAGUUUUCUAUGAUGACUUACAACGAACAAACUCUCCUUCUACUGAAGUUCAUUAAUACAUGUAUGUAUUAAAGAACCGAAAAGGCGACGGCCUGGAAAAACUGAUUCGACAUCCAAAAAUCUAUCUGGAUUUGGUUAUAAUUUGGAUGGAAAGCCUGUUUGUCAGAAAGCCUUGUGCAACACUCUAUCAAUAACUCUAAGAAGGUUGCAAAUUCUGCAAGAAAAAAUAAAAAAUGGCGAGUUACCACCGAUGAACCAAAGAGGCUUGCAUCUGAACCGGCCACAUGCCACUGAUGCAGAUAUCAAAAGGUGUAUUGUCAAGCAUAUUGCUUCUUUUCCGA